AUGAGCUCGAAGCUCUAUUCACGUUCCGGCGUGUUUGUGUGGAGUCCACGUGGCAUUCAGACCAAGGUGAAUAUCGAUUUUUGCGGAAAAACUAACAAAAUUAUGUGAUUUCUUGCAGGGCUUGAUUGUCGCCGAUUUCGCGCAGUUUUUCGAUCCGAAUGCCACGUCGAUCGAGCAGAAAAUCGAUUUUUUGUCGGCGAAAAACGUGUUGGAACAGCCGAAUUUGCAGCCGAGCGUCUCGGUGAAUACAAAUUAUCGGUGAGAAUUUAUUUGUGAGCGGAAGUAUGCAAAUUUUCGGUUUUGUGUUCAGAUUCAAUGAAUUGGCGUGGACUUCGAUGUGCUCCGACGCGCAUCCGAACGGAAUUAUCGCCGGAGGCACUGAGGACGGAUCCGUCGUCUUUUUCGACGCGAAUCGACUUGUCAAAGGUGUGAAAAUGUGGAGAAUGCAAACAUUUCGGAAAAAUCUAUCAACAAUGCCUUUUUCUAAUUAAACUUUCUCUAGAAAUCACAAAAAGGCUAUUUCAAAAAUUCCAGAAAAUCGUCUAGAAGUGCUCAGCGCUCGAAAAGAUCAUCACGGCCACGUGUUCACUGUCGAUGUGUCCAGAGACGGAAGGUUCGCAUUUUUCUUUACAAAGCGCCUUUGCCUGGACUUUUGACCAACUUGCAGUAUUCCGAUCGGACCCAAACUCUGAAGGCUUCUUGAACAUGGAUUAAAGUAUUCAGGGUCCAAUUUUCAGACCCAUCGGAUCAUCUGGUCCCGAGAUUUACUGGUUUGAGGCCGAAGAGACCGCAAUUUACGUAACAACCCGGUCUUCUCGGCCUCUUAUUCACAUAUCUCGGGACCAGAUUGUCAAAUCGGUCUGAAACUCGGAUCCAAGAUACUUCAAUACAAGUCCAAGAAUCAUGCAAAGUUUGGGUCCGAUCGGAUUGUUGCUUAAAAAAAUGCUUUUCAAUUUUGCAGAUGGAUAGCGUCGGGAGGUGGUUCCGGUCAGAUCCUCCUCUGGGACUGUGCCAACCUAAAAACGCCAUUCUCGCCCGGAUCGCCGAAUUUCCAGGACCAAGUGAAACUUUUGAGGUGGAACCUUAAAAAUGAGUCUGUUUUUGCGUCGAUUUCGUCGAGAAGGGUCUCGUGCUGGGAUCUACGACGCAACGGAGCGCCCGUCCUCGAAUUCGCAGAGGUUGUUAUUGACUUCUCGCUUUAAUUUUUAUCAGGGCUGGACAAAUUUCGGCCCAAGCUUUUUCAGGCCUGGAAUUUUGACCUCCAAACUUUGCAGGCUUUUUGGACUUGGAUUAAAGUAUUUUGAGUCCAAGUUUCAGACUGAGCGGAUCAUUCGGUCCCGAGAAUCGGACCGAGAUAUACUAGUUUGAAGCCAAUUUGCUUUAUGUACUCGAUGUUCUUUUGAUUAUUGAGUUGAAGCAGUUUUUGGUUGAGAUAAACCAACCAAAUUGUACCAAGACGUUGAAAAGAAAAGAAAUGUGUUGAUUCUUUGCAGAUUGCCUCGUGCGACUGGUCCUCCCUGUGCUGGAAUCCGUCGGAUGCGUCUCAGUUGAUCGUCGGCAGCCAGUCCCAAAUGGUUUCAGUCAUUCAGAAGUGGGAUUCGCGGUUCACGUCGACGCCCAUCAAGGAAUACAGACACCAUCAGCAGGGGGUCACCUCUAUCGAUUGGUUAGUCGCGAAAAGACUUCUUCUUUUUCAAACAGCACCUUAUUGACUCUGUAAUUCCAGCUUAUAAUCGCAUUUUGACAAACUUGGCCUAGGAUCCGAUGGAGUUUUCUAGGCCAAGUCUGCCUUUUGGAAAAAUCAAAAGUUUUUCGAACACGUCAUGAAAAUACUGGCCAAAAACAUGCCGUUUACAGAAUUUUCAUUUUCUUCAAUUACAAUUUGCAGGAAUAAAUCGGAUGAUCGUCUUUUGAUUUCUGCCGGAUGCGAUGGUCAAGUCAUUAUUUGGAAUCACGAAACUGCCGAGGUAUUUGUGAAUUUCAGCCGUUUCUCAUAUUCUCCACAAAAAACCCGUAUUUGCAGGUGCUCGGAGGAGCCGGAAGUCUUCAGGGCGACUGGAUCCGAAGUGUUCGGUGGAACGAGGAGGAGUCCGACCAAUUCGCCAUCCAAUAUUUCCAGCAUCCCAUUCAAAUAUCCUCUUUGACCAGUUUGGGAGCGCCGCAGCCUGGCGUGCGUUUUACAGUUUCAAAAAAUGUUAUUUUGUCUAAGAGUUCGGAUUUCAUUUAAUUUCCUUCUUCCACGAUAUUCAGAGAUUUUUUGCACUUCCGAGCGUCAUCGAAGUUUGGAUAACAGAGCAAACAAUUAAGAAUUCCCUAAAAGUCCAUGUUUUGCAGACGGAAGUGCUGGCCGCCCGCAUCUCCGACCAAUUCGUGCCCGCGUGGCACCGUGCCCCUCUCAUCGGCUCCUCAGUUGCCCUCGGAGCUCGCCUGGCGACAUUCUGGAAGUCGUACGAUGCGCAGACGCAGAAAUGGAAUCACAACGUGGAGGUGGAGACGAUUGCGGCCGGAGACGACGUCGGAGUGGCCGAUAUUGCGCAGUACUUGCACGUAAAGGACGACAAGAGGAAUCUGGGGUGGUAUCUGCACGAGAGGUACGGUUUUGGAAAAGAAUAUUAGAGAAUACAAAAAAAAUGAGUUCAGAGCGUACGCGCUGUCGAAGAAUCCAUCCGAACAAUCGGAGCUCGAAUCGAAAGUGUGGCUCGUUCUUUUGGCCUUUCAGGAAGACGCGAGUCGCUCGAAAAUUCUCAAAUAUCUCGGACUAAUCGAAGAAAAUAAAGAGGAUGAAGUGGUGCAGCAGAAUACGGUCACUUCGCAAAGUGCCAUCACCACAACGACCACCACCAAUACGGUAAAAUCUGGAAGAAAACUAAAUUUCGAACUAAAAUCUCGGUGAAAAGUUGUAAAUUUACCUAAAUCUAAAACACAUUUUCUCGUAAAAUUCAUAAUUCUCGAUUUUUUCCAGCGUUCGGCCCGUUCGGCGUCUGUAAUUUCGGAAGCGACGACCGAAGGAGAAGGCGCCGAAGUUCCGAUUGUCGAGAGAUGUUCGGCAGUGGAUUGGAGCCAUUUGGGUUGGGAUUCUUGUUGAAUUUUAUACAGUUUGUCUGAAAAGUAGACAUUUUUCAUUUGAAACUGAAAGCUUUCCAACUUUUUGUAAUUUUGAGGUUACAAAACAUCACGUUUUCCGGCUCUAGCUUAUUUCCAUGAAAACAGCACUCUUUCGAGUAACGAAGCAUUGUCUGACAAGGAAAUGGAUUGCAGACGCCUCGGGAUGGGACCUCCUUCUGCACACGAUCCGCCAGGACCAUCUGGCGGUCAUCCGCCUUCUGAUCGCCUCGAAACAACACGUGGCGGCGAUGAUGUACGCGGCACAGCACGAGUCGGACCAUUUGGCCAUGAUUCUCGACGACUACAAUAGAGGUGAGCGCACAAAACAUCCGUUUUUCCACCCGAAACCCUUCAAUUGUGUGCAUUUUCCAGUGUCUCCGCAGCCGAAUCCGCUCUCCUCUCUCACUCUCGCUCUCUCCUCCCGAAAUGAGGGAAAAAGUGGUCCACGAGCAGCUUCGGAAGCCCAUUCGCAUCAGAAUAUCGACGAGAUUCUGAAGACGUUCCCCGACGAGAAAUGGAGAGAACUGCUGGGAAUGAUUGUGGCGUACGAGGCGAAUCCCACGGAAAUUCGCGUGGCCGCCAAGCACAUUGCACACAAAUGGAUGGAACAAGGAAGUGCGACAUUUUUCACUUUUCCAUUAAAAUGUCUAACUUCCUGCAGAAUCGCUGCGCGCGUGCAUCGCCUUCAUCAUCGCCGGCGAUAUUGACGGUCUCCUGCUCGCCAACUCCUCAUUUUCUCCGUCGGAUCGUCUCAAACAGGCACUGAUCCUUCAUCAAGUGUCUAGAGCGAAAAACUAUUCGCCAGGAUUGGAACAGGUAGGGGAAUCUAAUGAAACUUUGAAAAAAGUGAACAUCUGCCCGUGUUCCAGCACAUAAUCUCGUUCGCCAAUCGUCUUCUAACGCAAGGAGCCGCGGCGACCGCGUGGAACCUUGUGAAAGGGACUCAAAACGGAUCGGCGGAGCUGCAGGAGCUCCAAUGGACGUGCUAUAACGUGGCGGGCGGACGGGAAUGCACGGGCGAUUAUCCGCCGUUCAAUCCGUACGAUGCACAAGCGUCCGUGCAGCCGCAGCAGCCACAAUACCAGCAGAACAGACAAUUCGUCAAUAAUGUGGUCAGUAUCGAAGGAGAAUUGGGAUUUUUCAAUUUUAAAUAUUACUUUUCCUAUUUUUGCAGGUGGCUCCUCCUGUGAAUAACGUGUACGCCAAUCCGUACUCUCCUUCACAAUCACAAGCCCCGCCCCCUCCGACCGACUUCCAAGCUCGUCGAAAUUCGAAUUUGGCGCCGAUGCCACCGUCUUCCACUUUCUAUCAAACGCCCUCCUGGGAUCACAAACCGGUACUUUUUUAUUUUGAUUAUAGAACAAAAUGAAUUAUGGGAAAAGAUUUAUGAAAAUACAAUAAGCCAGUGUAGAACAGUAAUAAUUAGCUCCGAAAAGGUUCAGCCGCCGACAAUGCCAGCGAACAUGCCGCCGCCGAAGCCGUCGAUUCCGGUGACUCCCGGCUGGAACGACCCGCCGCCGAUGGCAUUCAAACAAAACGGACCGCCGCCCGCGCACCCGAAACACAAUGUGAUGCAAGUGAACUGGAAACCGCUGGAAGUGGCGCCGACGCCCGGCGGAAUGAUGGCCAACGGAAUUCAAGGUGCGAACAGUCUGGCCUCGAUCCUCCCAUUCAAAAAAGGGUGCUGCCCCGAAUCAGAACCAAUUAGCACUAAAAAUAGUUCUGAUUCGUACCAGUUCUGAAUCGGGAAGUUCCGAUUCGGGGCAGCACCCAAAAAAGUAGUACUGUAAUCCUACAGGAACCCGAGAUUCCAACAGUACUUUUGUGAAGUGCCAAGUAUGGGACACAUCGGUUGGGGGGUCAAAACGUGGGAAAAGCUUGUACACACAUCCAAAACCGCUAUUCGUUUAGCAAGAAGAACGAUUAAAGUUUUACCUUACAUUGCAGGAAUGUCUCUGCAAAAUAGACCUCCGUCGGCCGCCUCCAACUCUUCCUCGUUUCCCUCUCCGUCGUCCCAAUCUGCUCAAGCUCCGCCCACUUCUGCCGUUGCUCCGGCGCCCAUUCAACUAUCGGCGGAGGACAAGAAAAUAAUGGAGCCGAUCGAGGGACUGGCCGCGCGAAUCAUUGAAAACGCGCGGAUUCAGGCGAGAAUCGAAAAGGCGACCGAGCUGAGGGCACGCAUUCAGACCGAGUUGACUCCGAGGCUCGCUGCCAGCAGGGUAGGCAACAUUUUUACUUUUUUCCCCCAAGGCUGGGCAAAUUUCGGCUCAGGUUUUUUUGAAAGCUUUUUGAAGCCUGGACUUUUGACCCACUUUCAAUAAUCGGAUCGGGCUCAAACUUUGCAGGCUUCUUGGAAUCAGAUUAAAGUAUAUUGAGUCCAAGUUUCAGACCGAUCGGACCAUCCGGUCCCGAGAUAUAUUUUGCGCAAAAACUCAAUCUUUUCGGCCUCCGAUCCACAUAUCUCGGGACCAAUUGGUCCGAUCGGUCUGAAACUUGGUCCCAGUAUACUUCAAUCCAAGUCCAAAAAGCCUGCAAAAUUUGGGUCCGAUCAGAUCAUUGCAAGUGGGGUCCAGGCCUCAGAAAGCCUUGGAAACACCUAAUCGUAGUUAAUAAAAUUUCUGUUUGAAAUGCUCAAAAAAUUUUUUACGAGGUUGUUGAUAUUAUGAAACAGAAAGAUGAUUUUGUUUGCAGUUGUCGCCGGAUACGAAGCAUCAUCUGACGAACAUGGGCUACUUUAUUUCGAUGCACCAGAUUAGAGAGGCGCAGGCGUGUGUCGCGCAGGUGGCCAGAAAUGCCGGAGACUUUGUCGAGGUUCGCUUAUAGACAUUUGAAUUGAAAAAGUUGUUUGAAUCAAUUCUUCUGCAGAUCUCCUCGUUCCUGCCGGCCCUUAAGUCGCUCCUCUCGCUCGCAACCCACUAA